AUGGAAGAGAUUGAAAAUGUUCUAAAGAAUGAUGGUGCUUCUAAAGCCAGUGCCAGACUUUACCUUAACGAAGAAUUUGCGGAUGUGAAUUUCUUAUUCGAAAUUGAUGAAGAAAUUCAAAAAGUGCCUGCGAACAAAAUUGUCUUAGCCGUAUUGAGUCCAGUUUUCAAUGCGAUGUUCUUCGGUCCGAAUAAAGAGACAGGCGAUGUGAAAAUCGUUGACGCAACCAUUGACACGUUCAAAGAAUUUCUGCAAUUUUUCUAUUUGAACAACGUAACAAUCGCGAUGGAAAAUAUUGAAGGUGUGGUUCGAUUGGCUGACAAGUAUGAUGUGCUUGAACAUGUGAAUGCAUCUGCGGUGCUGCUCGAGAAUGAACUUACCUUGGAAAAUAUGUGCUGGGGCUAUCAACUGGCGUUAAUGCUCGAUAAUGAAACGCUGAAACAGUUCUGUGAAAAGCACAUCAGUGCAUACCCGGAUGAUAUCUUUAAAUCGGCCACAUUUCAACGCUGCGAUCAAAUCGUUCUGAAACAUAUUCUACUACUGAAUUCAAUGGCCUGUAGAGAAUUUGAGGUGCUUGAUGCCUGUUUGGUAUGGGCCAAAUACUCGUGCAAUCUGAACAACGUCGAUGAAAACAAUCCGCUAAAUUUGAAAGCACAACUUGGCGAAUGUUUCAGCUUGAUUCGAUUUGGGGCAAUGAAAUCCGAAGAAUUUGCAACACAUUCUAUAUUACACAGAGAAAUGUUCACAGCAGAGGAAUUGGCGGACAUUUUGUAUGCAACAACAGUUAAAAAAUUUAAAUCAAGCAAAUUCGUUCAAGAGCCACGAAAUGAUCACAAUUACAACAAGGAGAAUCCGUCAUGUUUGGAGCUACAGCGACCAAUUUUAAUCAAUCCUGAUAAAACGUACGAAAUCUCAUGGGAAGUAGUAAACGGAUUCGGAUUCGGACAAAACAAUAGUUCGGACUACUACUAUUAUUAUUCUUCGAAUGAAAAUUUCACAUUAACUGGAGGAAUUACUGUGAAGAUGAAAAAUCAAUAUCCUUAUUGUAAUACGGGCCUUAUAUCUCGUUUGUGCUUCAAUCGACUAUGA